CUCAGUUUUUUCUCUGAUUUGGUGAAAUUAGAGUGAGAACACGUAUUCAGCGACAGAGGGUAGCUUCAGUUUAAUCAAACGAGGUUAGGAUACGAAAUUGUGCAUCUGCAGCAGUUGCAGAGUGUGUCGAAGGUGUUGAAAUGGCAGCAAUGAAGGGUCUGGGAAAAGACAUCCCUUACCUGCAACAACAAUUUGCCGCCUUACUUGGCAACACAAGUACCAGUGUCAAGUUCAUAUGCAUUGUUGUGUUAUUAACGUAUUGCCUCUCUUUUAUGGAGCAGGCAAUUAUUACACUAAGUGUCACUCCAGGUUAUCUGUUAUCACCAUCUUUCUGGAUUUGGACAGCAUUUACAUUUUGUUUUCUUGAAAUUCACUUCUGGGAAGUGUAUGUUGAUAUAAUAACAGUGGGGUUGUGUGGUAAACUUAUUGAACCACUAUGGGGUGCUAUGGAAAUGAUGACUUUUUUUGCAAUUGUUAAUAUUGGUGUUGCAGUUUUUUCUGCAUUAUUUUAUCUAUUUCUUUACAUGUGCACUGGUGAUACAGAUCUCUUGUUUCAUGUUCAUAUUCAUGGAUUAACGGGCUAUAUUGCUGGUGUCAGUGUUGCUGUUAAACAAAUAAUGCCAGAUCAUAUUUUAUUAAAAACCCCAAUUGGAAAAAUUACUAACAGAAAUAUUCCACUGAUGGUGUGGAUAGUCAGUUUAUUGUUAUGGGUUGUUGGACUGGUAGAAGGAACUCAUCCUACGAUGUUUUUAAACGGUCUACUUGUAUCUUGGGUUUAUUUAAGAUUUUACCAAAGACACACAAAUGGAACCAGGGGAGAUAUGGCUGAUAAUUUCACAUUUGCUAGCUUCUUCCCAAAUGUUUUACAACCACCAAUUGCAGUAGUGAGUAACACAAUACAUGGAUUCUUCGUUCGUAUUGGGCUUUGUAAAAAAGUGGUUCGGCGAUUUGAUAUGUCAAAUGCUCCACCUGGUCUAGUCAUCAAUUUACCCGGAAUUGAUCCUCAAGACAGUGAAAGGAGAAGACAAAUUGCAUUGAAAGCCCUGACCGAACGCUUAAAUAAAGAUCAUGCAAGACCAUGGCAACAAGACAGAAGCAAAAAACAUUCUCCUACUCCAGCGGCAGUGUCAAUAUCAAUACCCGAGUCAGCAACACCUAAGCCACUAGUAUCUCCUCUUAUUCCUCAAAUUAAUGCAAAUAUUCAUAAUCAACCGUCAACAAGUACGUGAUCGAAGGAUGUAUCAUAGAAUUACCAUUAAUAACUUAAAAAUACGUUAUGGUAAUUCAUUAAUAAUAAGAAAAGGGAAGUGAUUUCAUACGGAAUCGAAUUUAUAUCGAAAAUGAAACGUUCGAUGCAACAACUUGAUAUCAAGACUGUCUGCUUUCAUAUUAAAUGAUUUAAGUGCGUAAUCUCCUUUUAUUAUGAGCAUGAAUGUUACUAUAAAAGUUAUCGUAAUAGUGAUUAUGUGAUUAAAGCAGUUUAUUCUUAAUGAGAAAUAAAAAUUUAUCAAUGAAAUUUAAAAAACAAUAAAAAAAAAACCAUUCGAACUUUGACAAAAUUUUUUUAUUCA